AUGCCUGCCGAAGUUUUGAUGCGAAAGGUCAAGGGAGCUGUCAUGCAAAAGAACAAACCCGUAGAGGAUAAAACAUUCUCCAGCAUCACACGUUUUCUUGCUGCCGAGCUAUUGGAUGAUGGCAACGUUGCACUAUGGGCAAACGGAAACGACGAACACGAUUGGCAGAAGUCUGAAAGGGACGCUUUUGAGAGUUUGGAGGAGCUGCCAUUUUGGAACCAGGAUAUAGCUGCAGGCUUUGCAAACCACGUCACGGGACCAUAUAAGACCUAUGCGGUCGAAGUGAAGAGCAUCACAGUGGAGAUGAUUGCGCUCGUGCUUGACCUCCCGCAUCCCGUAACGGCUAACGAGGUCAUUAUCUAUGGUCUCCAAUGGCAAGGAGAAAAGCAUGCUCUGAUGUUAGAAACCAACGACUUCGAGCACGCUCAAGAGUCCAGAGUUAAAAAGAGGAAGAGGUUGAUGCCUCCAGAGUUUUGGGCGAUAGAUGGGCCUGACCGGCCCGCACCCCCAGGUGAAGAAGACGAACAUAUGUAA